AUGCAUCUUCUUCGCAUCGUCUCGUCUUCAACAUCGUCGUCGUCGUCUUCAUCGUGGGCAAAGAAAAGGAAUUCGCUGAGGGAAAAACACGAGUUAAAAAAGCGAGAGGAGGAGGAGCGAGGACAAUCGAUAAAGGCAACAGAAAGAAGACGGGAAGCGAAAGGAGGGAAGAGAAGGCAGUACGAGCGCGAGUUGGAAGACGCGCUGCGACGACAGCAGGAGCAGCAGCAGCAGCGGCGGCGGCAGAUUCGACAGAAUGCUUUUUCUUCCUCUUCUUUGGAAACGACGAGAGCGGAGGUGGGAGAUGAGAGAAAAACGACGGCAGCGGCGGCGGUGAAAGAUGCGAAAAGAAGAGUAAAAAAAGCGUUGAAGAAAGCGAAAAGGUUUGCGAGAAGAAACGUGCAGAAAGCGACGGACGUGUUGUUACCGUCUGGAUCUUCGUUAGGAGGCGGGAGAAGAAGAGGAGGAGACGGAGGACCUGUGCGGUUUACUCCGUCGACUCCUUCUUCUUCGUCGUCGUCGUAUUACGCGUAUCGUCAACAACAGCCAAAUAUUUUUGGUUUGACGGGCGCGGCGGGGGCAAUUGCUGGAUGGAGCAUGCUCAUAGGUUUAGCGUACGUCGUCGUGAAAGUGAUGAAUGGUGAACGGGUAAUACCGAGAGGAGGGUUCCAGUUAACCAUACCCGGUUUUCGAGGUUUCAAUUUUAACAAGAGGAAGAAUAGAAACGAGGGAGGCAAGUGGGUCAUAGAUAGAAGUCUCGGCGGACGCAAGGUUUGGGUUCCAGAUGGCGAAGCGAGUAAGAGAGGGAGUAAGUUGAGCGAACGAAGCGCCUUAGACGAAGUUUAUUUCAGUUCUACAUCUUCUUCUUCUCCGACGUCAACAUCGACAUCAACAACCUCGAGAACUUUUGAAGACGAAGAUGAAGAGAAAGAACAACAAAACCUUCCCACGUGGUGGACAGAGUCUCCUUUUCUCCGCACAUCAAUUGGUGGCAUCGAUAAACAAAGAAAAUCUGAUUUGCUCCAAGAUGCAAAAAGAAGCGCGAGUUUCCUUUCAGCCGCUCGAAUCAACGGCGUGCAAUGGACGUCUGAUAUGAUUUUAGAUUUUCACACGGCAUGCGCCGCCGCUUUAAAGUGCUAUCCGUACGAAGAAAAGAACAAAUAUCGACUCUCGAUUGCAAAAUCUGUUGGACCAGAAAAUGCGCGCGUGCAGUUAUACCGGCAAGCGUCAGAAAUUGCGGUAGAAGACUGCGUUGGCAACCGUUCUGGAGUGAGUUCGAGUUUUGGUAUGGAGGUGAACAUCUUUGUGGUUGGAUUGAGUUAUUUCUUGAACAUUCCUACAAAGACAGCCAUCAACAUUGUUCGAUCGUCGUGCGCGGUGAAGAUUAGAAAUUUGCUUCUCGAGAGUUGUUCCGCAAUUCGGAAAGAACGCGAGGGAAUGUCUUCUCCAUCUGCGGAUUUGUUGUUAUCUUUAUUCUCCAUCGUGAGCGUCUUGAACGUUUUUCCUUUUACCGAAAACUCGGCUGAGAUUGAAAUGAUCAACGAAGGUUUUAAAACUCGAAUCACUGAAAAGGAGAGGAGGGAGUUAGUCGCGGCCUAUAAACAAAUUAGCGAUGGUGUCGGGGAUAAAACAAUCGAAGAAGCUCUUCGAUGA